CCUCGCCGGGGCCCGCCCCAGCCCGGUACCCUGGCGCUGCGGCCGCGGAGCCGCCGGGGCUCGGCCGAGCGCUGCACAUCGCCCGCCUUCCCUUCCUUCCCUUCCUUUCCGGCGGGGCGGGCGCUCGGCGGCAUGGGGCGGCGGCGGCGGCUCUUGGAGGCGGCGGAGCAGCUGGCGGGGGCCUGCCCGGGCCAGGCGCGGUUCCUGCUGUGGAGGCUCCGCAGCUGCCGAGUUGAUGGACAUGGAUUAGAAAGGAUAUGUCCUUACUGCUUCCAGUUCCUGGUUCCUGACAGCUACCGGGUGCGCCUCAAACCAAAGAUGAAAGUGACUCCACAGAUAGAGAAAGUUCUUAAACGAGAGGCAAAGAAUCAUAAACUUAACAUGAAGCAGACAAAGCUUUUGAGAAAGUACAGGGAGUCAAGAAGCAUUCUGCUGGUUACUUGUAAAUCUUGCAACAAAACAACAAGACACUAUGGUAAAAGCAGGGAUUUUCUGGCAACCAAAACACAAAAUUGUGGCACUCCAGGUAUCAAAUCUAGCCUGAAGACACCAGAUGUGAAAAUUCAGUCUGCAAAGAAAAUGACACCUGUAAGCUGCAGUAGGUUGGGAUCUAAAGGGAAAAGUCCCUCAUCACUUUCCAGGACACGUGAAUCUGGACAGGCAACAACCAGCUCUGGUUCCAAGACUCCCCGAAAUUCCAAAUUUCACUUCUCUAAGCUAAAACGGAUGCUUGACCUAGAAGAACAAGAGAAAAGCCAGAAGGCAGAUUUCAAAACCUUCUUGACUUCACUUUAGUUAUAUAUUAUUUCAAAGUAAUAAAGAUUACAGUAAUAAA